UAAUUAUUUAUUUAUUUUAAAAAAAGUCAUGAAAACUAUAAUAACAAACCAAAACCAAAUAGAGUCAGAAAUUUCAUACGUUUACUCCCACUCCUUCCUUCACUAUAAAUAUAUCUUAUAUAUACACAGAGAGAGAGAAAAAAGAGUACAUACCAAAGCGGACCACGCUAACGUACUGUAGUCCUUCUUCUCUCUAAUCAUUAACCAUGGCGGCGGCUUUGAACUGUACAGCCGACCAGCUCAGCCAACUGGCUCAGUUUCUCGGCUCAAACACAACAAACGCCGCCGGAGCCGCUGCUUUGAUCUGCGAUCAAUUUAGCGUCGUAUCUUCUAAAUACUCUGACGCUACUUUCGCCAUUGAUACUACUUACCUUCUCUUCUCUGCUUAUCUAGUUUUCUCUAUGCAACUCGGCUUCGCUAUGCUCUGUGCCGGCUCAGUACGAGCCAAGAACACCAUGAACAUCAUGCUUACUAACGUUCUUGACGCCGCUGCCGGAGGACUAUUUUAUUACCUGUUUGGCUUUGCUUUUGCCUUUGGAACUCCUUCUAAUGGCUUCAUCGGUCGUCAAUUCUUCGGUCUUGACCAGAUCCCUUCGCAAAACUUCGAUUACAGUCUUUUUCUAUACCAGUGGGCUUUUGCAAUCGCUGCAGCAGGAAUCACCAGUGGUUCAAUCGCUGAAAGGACUCAAUUCGUCGCUUACUUGAUAUAUUCCUCGUUUUUGACUGGAUUCGUUUAUCCUGUUGUUUCUCACUGGUUUUGGUCAGGCGAUGGUUGGGCCGCCGCGGCGAAAACCGACGGAGACCUCCUGUUUGGCUCUGGAGUCAUCGAUUUCGCUGGAUCUGGCGUUGUUCAUAUGGUUGGAGGAAUCGCCGGACUCUGGGGAGCCUUAAUCGAAGGUCCGAGAAUCGGAAGAUUCGGAAAUGGUGGUCGAACAGUCGCACUCCGUGGUCACAGUGCGAGUCUCGUCGUUCUCGGUACCUUCAUGCUCUGGUUCGGAUGGUACGGAUUCAACCCUGGCUCAUUCACAAAAAUCUUAAGCUCAUACAACUCCGGUAAUUACUACGGCCAAUGGAGCGCCGUAGGAAGAACAGCCGUAACAACCACACUCGCCGGAUGUACGGCCGCUCUAACAACACUCUUCGGAAAAAGAAUCCUCUCCGGUCACUGGAACGUCACCGACGUAUGCAACGGACUUCUCGGAGGAUUCGCCGCCAUAACCGCGGGUUGUUCCGUAGUCGAGCCAUGGGCGGCGAUCAUCUGUGGAUUCGUGGCGGCGGUGGUUCUAAUCUCGUGUAACAAACUGGCUGAGAAGGUUAAAUACGACGAUCCAUUAGAGGCGGCGCAAUUACACGGCGGUUGUGGCGCGUGGGGGAUAAUAUUCACGGCGUUAUUCGCGACUGAGAAGUACGUGAACGAAGUUUAUCCAGGUAAACCGGGCCGGCCUUAUGGGCUUUUCAUGGGCGGAGGAGGGAGACUAUUGGGGGCCCACGUAAUCCAGAUAUUGGUUAUUGUUGGGUGGGUCAGUGCCACGAUGGGCCCACUUUUCUUCAUAUUGCAUAAGCUUAAAUUGCUUCGGAUCUCAGCUGAAGAUGAAAUGGCGGGUAUGGAUCUGACCCGACAUGGAGGCUUUGCUUACGCAUAUGAUGAUCAAGAUGAUUCUCAGAAGCAUACUUUUCAACUUAGAAAAAUUGAACCUAAUAACACAACUCCCCCAAAUUAAUUAAUUAGUGUUUUUUCUUCUUUGGAUAUUGAUAUUAUUAGGACUUUGUAUUAUAUUUUUGAUCAUUUCUUGUGGUUUGGUAGUGAUUUGGUUCAUGUUUCAACUCUUUUUUUUGUUUUUAAUGUGAAUUUCUUGGAAUUUGGAAUGUUAUAUUAUUGAUCAA